AUGUGCCACUACCAAGGGAUCCUGUUUUUUGAAUGCGAGCACGUCCGCUUCAAGCUCUUCGAAUUCUGCCCGGCACACCGGGCCCAGUUAGACCGAAUCAACGACCCUUCGGAGUGUUCAGAGCAUCUCAUCCCCUUCGACACGCCCUCGGAGUGUUUACCGCGGGUCGUCAUUCAAGAUGGGAGUAUUCUCUUGGUGACUGAGCGGGAGAACCUGGCCACUAAUGUCGUUCAAUGGGUCACUGACUUAUCUCAAAUUUGUUCCACGUGCUCCGAGUUUCUGACCAGGCAGGUUCGCUUCUUGUAG